AUGACUGAAAACCAAAAUUCGUACUUUAAGAAUACAGGUUGUAAUGAUUGGGAUGUUGUAGAGUUCUACAAAAGCUGGAUACACGACCACCAGGAGGAUCUCAGCAAGCUCAAUUACCAGAAGGCUAAAGACAAACUUAUUAAGUGUCUUGAAGACAUUGUUGAUUUAUCUCCUAUUGGCAACGAAGUCAGAAAAGCCCAGAAUCUUUUAAAAAAAGCAAAGGCGAGACGUGCAUCUGUUUGUUGCACCUCUGAUGAUCUGUUUGUUCGUUGUGGUCUGCCAAUUUUGCUGCAAAAACGUAAGACGGGAAGUACCAUCGAUAACAUAUGGAAAGCCGUAGAAAUUGAUGUAUACUCGAAAAAGACCGAGUUGGAAAAGGUGAAGCUGAAACAUGUUCAGAUAAGUGGAAUGAUACGCGCAGCAAAAGAAAAUCAAGAAUAUGCAAGUACUAUGAAUAAAGGAGUUUUAUUAGACUUGGAAGAAGAGUUUGCUGAGAGAAAGAACAAACGAGCGCUUUUUGAGACAAAGUCGAAUGAAUUCAAUAUAAAUGAAGAGACUUCAAAUAAGAGACUACGUAAACAGGAUUCAGUAGAGAAGGUAAAUUUUUCCACUGAAUAUGAUGGACAAAUAUUGGAUCCAGAACUUUUCCUCGUAGAGACCGAUAAAGAAUAUGAUGUUGAGAGUAGUGGACAACCUUUUGACUACAAUGAAUGGACUCUAAAGUCUGGCCUGAAAGUAAUCGAUCUUUUAAAAGUGGCGGCUGGCAUUAACGGUCAUUUGAUGAGACCAGAAGUAUGGGGUAUAGUUCGUUGCGGACUAAAAGUUGCAAAACCCAAAUGGUGUGAAGAAGAUGAAUAUGUUGAAAUUCAGAAAACUACAAAACGACGUAGCAUUGUUAAUCCUCCAGAGUUUAUUGCAAGUUUGUUGAAAAAUAAGUCUCUCACGGCUUUAGAAAAGGAACUAAACAAAAUCAAAAUAAAAGAGUUGAUGAAGCUGAAUGAUGAUUUGGAAGAGGUAAAGCAAUUAAAUCUAAUAUCAGCACCUCCGGAUGCUCUGACAUCAUUUUUUGUUAAGAUACUGUCUCGCUUCAAUCAAUUUGUUUUUCCACAACAAUCUAUUAUGCAACAAAUUGGAGUAUCGGAGGCUUCUUAUGGCACAUAUAUAAUUCAUCCUUGUCUUAUAGAACUUUUUACGGGAUUGGAAGGCCACUUGCUUUAUGAACCUGGAGAGGUUAUCCUUUCGUCUAUCAAAUCCUGUUGUGAACGGCGGAAGUGCGAGUUCUUUGAGCAAAAAGCAGAUGGCAUAUUUCUAGCACGAUUGAAAAGGUCAUGUAUCGAGAUCGGGCAUCUAGAAAUGUCUGGGGGCUAUGGCCACCGUGAGAUUCCACGAUCUACAUGGGACGGAUGUUGUAAAGGCCCUUUAGGAAAUAUGUAUAUGCUUGAGGAGAUCGGUGAGAGGUAUCGGAAAGCAUCACCAAGGUUAUUUGCAAACACGCGUGUCUUUUUUGUGCAUACUUAUGAAGACAAAAUUGAAAUUUGGCAAAUGCACAACUGUGCUCGAGGAAUUUUACAAUGGGAGCGUACGCACAAAGCAAUUGUCCCGAUCUGCUAUGAAGAACAAAAAAAACAUAUUUUUGAUUUUGUUAUUUUGCUCUGGGAUCUAAAAGAAGGCUUAAUGAAUACGGCAAACAUGAUUAAACAAUUACAGGACGAGGACAACGAUGGUGUAUCCAAGUUAUCAGGCAGAGUUCCUUCGCUUCCAGGUAAACCUGACAAAAAACUUCACAAAAAAGGUAUAAAUAAUGUUGAAGUCAAGAGUGAUAUGUCAAGCUCUCCUAUUCGAGAGGACUAG